AUGGAGAAUUCAUCUAUAGUGACUGACUUCAUCCUUCUUGGCAUGACAGAUAACCCUCAGCUUGAAGUCCUGCUAUUUGGAGUCUUUCUUAUUAUUUAUAUCAUCACUGUGUUGGGGAACCUAGGCCUGGUGGUCCUGAUCAGAGUCAGCCCUCAACUCCAGAUCCCCAUGUACUUUUUCCUCUCUAAUCUGUCCUUCCUUGAUGUCUCUUUCUCUUCCAUCACCAUCCCAAAGACUUUAGCAAAUUUGUUAUCUAAGCUGCAGAAUGUUUCUUUCCUUGAAUGUGUGACUCAAAUGGGCCUGUUCAUAAUCUUUGCCUCUGCUGAAUGCAAUGUUUUGGCUUCCAUGGCCUAUGAUCGCUAUACUGCCAUCUGUCACGCACUGCUCUACCACAUUACCAUGUCAAUAGUCCAUUGUCUCUUCUUGGUAGCAGGAUGCUACCUUGGUGGGUUAGUUAACAUGGUCACUGUGACAACUUCCAUCACACAGCUAUCAUUCUGUCAAGCACGUGUCCUCUCUCACUUCUUCUGUGACAUUCCCCCACUGUUGGCACUGGCUUGCUCAGAUGUGUGGGUCACCCAGAUCUUGGUUCUUGGCUGUGGGGGAUUCACCUUGGUCACCUCCAUUGUGGUGGUCCUUGUCUCCUACAUGUCUAUCCUCAUUACUAUCCUGGGAAUUUCCUCAGCUUCUGGAAAACAGAAAGCCUUCUCCACCUGUGCUUCCCACUUGACUGCUAUUGGCCUGUACUAUGGAACAACUAUGUACACAUACUUGCAGCCCUCUCAACAUGGAUCCCGGGCAGGAAAUCAGAUGAUCUCCGUGUUUUAUACAAUGGUGAUCCCCAUGUUAAAUCCUCUCAUCUACAGUUUGAGAAACCAGGAAGUGAAAGUUGCUCUACGGAAAAUAUUGAGGCACAGUCCCUAA